GGCCGCCGUUUAUGAUGCUGCUGCUUUACUUCUCCGUGGACCGGGGUGUUUGGCGCUGUCUGGCCAACACCGUCCGAGUCACCAUGAUGCUCUCGCAGGGCGUCCUUCUAGGCUUGGACGAUGGUCAGCUCCAUGCAGAGAACUGGCCCAUUUAUGUAUCCUUGAUGUUCGGCGGCAUCGUGGGACUGCUGGUUGGAAACCGUUUGGCGGAGAAGGUGGAUGCUGCAGCUUUCCAGCGCUGGCUAUUGCUCUUCCUGCUCGCUGGAGCAUGUCUGAUGCUGAGCUCUGUGAACGCAGUCCUCAGCACCGGGGCGGCUUUCCUCGUCUUCUUGGCUGCCGUCCUCGUCUUGGUGGUUCCUUCGCUAACGUCACGCCGUGUGUCGCAGCUUGGCCUGGUAACGGCGGAAGAACUCUGCCCUGCCAGUCAAGCAGAGCUCGAAAACAUCAACGAGCACAUUCGAGUCUGA